AUGGUUGCUUUUCAUUAUUUACUAACACUUAUGGUUACCAUUCAACUUAGCUUAUAUGGCUCUAACUCCCUUGUAUUAGGCUUAAAGCAUAUCUGUACAUUGUGUAAUGGGCCCUCAGGGGAACCCAAGGGCCACAGAGGUGAACGUUUAUCAGGGGAGGAGAUCACAUCCGUGUUGGCAUUAGGUGAACCCUGUGGGGUUUACACUCUACCGUGUUCUCAGGGUCUUCGGUGUUUCCCUCCUCUUGGAGAGCAAAGUCCCCUUCAGGCACUGCUUCAGGGACGAGGGGUCUGCAAAAACAUCAAAAGUACCAUUACUGACAUCCAUCCACCUACAGACUAUCAUCCAUCAACCAAUGAAAACAAUUUUGAAAAGGGUCCUUGUCGCAAACUGCUAAACACAGUCCUCCAAAGUAUAGAGCUCACAAUUAUUCAUUCAAUUCCGGACACCUACAUCCCCAACUGUGACAGACAAGGGUUCUUCAGGAGGAAACAGUGUCGGUCAUCAAGAGGAAUGCAAAGAGGCCACUGCUGGUGUGUUGAUGAGAAAGGAUCAAAAAUGUCAUCCCGUAAAAGGAGUGAUGGAACUAUCUCAUGUAACAGUGCCUGA